AUAUACAUUCGUUCCUUACCGCUUGGCUUGUGAAACGAGGUAGUUGCUGAUCAGCAAAUCUAGGAAAUCUGAAAAUAUCUUCCGAAAAUGCUUGUAUACCACGAUUAUGUCACUGGUGACGAAAUUAUGACUGAUUCCUACAAGGUUACUGAAGAUUGGGAUGGUCUAGUAUACAAAAUUGUUGGAAAGUAUACAACCGAAAGUGACGCUAACGCAGUAGCAGGUAUUGAGGCCAACGAAGAAGAAUGUGAGGUAGCAACAACAACAGGCAUCAACUGUAUUUUGGCAACAAGACUCCAGGAGACAUCUUUUGAAGACAAAAAGACCUUCAAGAGAUAUUUUAAGGAUUACGCCAAGGCAGCACUUGAGAAAGUAAAGGAGAAGAAUCCUGAAAAGGUUGAUGCUUUUAAAAAAGACUGUCAAGACUUUAUGAAGAAAGUUAUCGAACAUUUUAAUGAUCUUCGAUUCUUUCAAGGAGAAUCAUUUAAUCCUGACUCCCUCGUUGUUCUGGUUAUACAUGAAGAGAUUGAUGGCUCUGAUACACCAAUGUGUUACUACUUUAAAGCCGGCCUAUAUGAAGAGAAACAAUAA